AUGGGCAAAGCGGGCCGCAUUGCGUGUAUCUUCACUCCGUACGUGCUCUCCGUCGGAGCUCUCAUCUGCAUCUUGCUCGUCGGCCUGGGCUCGACCAACGCCCACUCGAGCACCCUCAAUAACCUGUAUUUCUUCCGGGCCGAUCUCUCCAACCUGACCAGCACGUCCGAUGGAUCCGUCGCCAGCCAACUCGUCCACCUCGCCGGCCAAGCCACGGGCGGGUCGGACCAGCAGCUCGCCAACGCCCUGGAGCAGGCGGAGAAGGCCCUCAAUCUGUACGACUUCUACGACAUUGGGCUGUGGAACUACUGCUCGGGGAACAAGACGGCGGACGGCGACUACCAGGUCACCUACUGCGCGCCCCCCCAGGCCGAAUUCUGGUUUAACCCGGUCGAGGUGUGGAAGCUGAACAACACGGGCGUCGAGAACCUCCUGCCGGACAACCUGCAAAAGGGCCUCGACACGUACAAGAGCGUAUCCAAGUGGAUGUUCAUCGCCUACGCCGUGGCCUUUAUUUCGACGAUCGUGGAGCUCGUUGUGGGUCUGACGGCCAUCUGCAGCCGGCUGGGCAGCUUGAUCACCAGUUUUGUCUCGGGAGUCUCGCUUCUUUUCACCAUCGCGGCGUCCGUGACCGCGACGGCGCUCUUCACCGUGCUCACGGGCACUUUCAACUCGGCUCUGAAGCAGUACGGCGUCCACGGAAGCAUGGGCAGCCACAUCUACGUGGUGACCUGGAUCGCCGUCGCCUUUUCGAUCGGGUCCAGUCUGUUCUGGCUGCUGAGCUCGUGCUGCUGCUCCGGCCGGUCUCCCUACCACGGAGACCGCUACGGGCGCCGGGUGACGGCCGAGAAGGCGCCGUACACGUACGAGCGGGUGAGCAACCCGUACACGGGGGCAAGCCCGGCGCCGGCAUACCACCCGGGCAACCCGGUGCCGAUGCAGGACUUCCGGCAGCAUGCGUACGAGCCGUUCCGACACGUUUGA